CGCAUAGCGGACUAUAUAGGGGAUCACGUCAGCGAUAUAACAAUCAAUUCCAUCUUCUAGGAAGUGGUCGCGGCGAGUUUCUACGCGCACCUAAUAUCAAACACAAGACGGAAACAAAUUGAUAGAUGCGAAGAUGACUGAUCAUCAAGUAACUCACCGUCGGGCUUUCCGGCGAACAGACGACUACACUCCGGGAACUGCAAAGGUCAAACUAGUUCACGAAGCUCUCCCGUUGCCCCUCAACCCGACGUCCGUCUUAAUAAAAGUUCACGCCAUCUCCUUGAACUAUAGAGACGCCAAUAUCGCGAAUGGAGGAAACCCCUGGCCGGUAAUACCGAAUGGUAUAUUAUGCAAUGAUGCCGCCGGCGAAGUUGUAGCUGUAGGUGAGAAGGUGAAGGGUUUACUGGUUGGUGAUCGGGUGUCGCCCGUAACUGAUACUGAGUAUAUCUCUGGGCGAGAGCUGGGGCGGUCUUGGCUAGCUGCAGAUGAGGACGGUGUCCUGGCGGAUUACAUAGUAUUUGAUGAGGAUAAGAUAUGCAAGCUCCCUGACCACCUAGAUUGGGUCAGUGCUUCUACAGUUCCCUGCGCGGGAGUGACGGCGUGGGCGGCUUUGAAGGGUAUGAGCAUAGGUCAGACCGUCUUGAUUCAAGGAACCGGCGGCGUGAGCUCAUUUGCACUGAAGCUUGCCCGUGCCGCAGGCCUAAGAGUUAUUUUAACAUCUUCAAGCGACGAAAAGCUCCAGGGGAUGAAGGAAAAGUUCUCGGAUCCUCCGUUGUUAACGGUUAAUUAUGCAGCAGAUCAGGCAUGGCACGAACAAGUUCUGAAGCUCACUGGUGGGGUUGGCGUAGACAUAGUGGUCGAGAACGGAGGAACAUCAUCGCUGAUUAAAAGUAUGAAAUGUACACGCCGAGGAGGGAUUAUCAGCCAGGUUGGGUAUCUCGGGAAACAGAGUCCUAACGACCUGGCCGAACUUGUCCCUCUCAUCAUUGACAGGAGAGUUGUGCUCAGGGGUAUUAAUUGCGGAUCUAAGUAUGACAUGGAGGAUUUCUGCGCAGCUCUAACAACUACCCAAACGCGCCUCGACGAUAUUAUUGACUCAGUUUAUCCAUUUGAACAAGCUGAGACCGCUAUUCAAUAUUUAUGGGAAGGCAAGCAGGUCGGAAAGAUUGUGCUACGUGUUUAAUCUGACCUCUAUGGGUUCCAGGGUUACCUAUAACUUCAGUAGCCACUAUAAUUAUAAUCGAUGCCAGCUCCUACAGGCGCUGUUAAUCUAUUCUAUAGCGACAUGAUCGGGUACCUAACCCGCUGAUUCAGAAAAAUAUCCAC